AUGAAGCGUCCUAGCACUGCGAUCUCGGCUCAUGCAAGUGACGACGUCGAUUUGGCACUGCAAAAGGCAGACCCCGAGCUAGCAGACAUGCUUUUCCGAGAACGCAAACGGCAAGUGCGAAGCAUCAACUUAAUCGCAUCGGAGAACUUCGCAUCACCUCAUGUGUUCCGCGUGCUCGGUUCCGAGCUGAACAACAAGUACUCCGAAGGCUUGCCAGGGGCACGUUACUACGGAGGAAAUGCAGUUAUUGAUGAGGUGGAGCAGCUGUGUAUUGCUCGAGCUUUGGCAGCUUUCCACUUGAGCGAGGAGGAGUGGGCUGUCAACGUGCAACCGUAUUCGGGAUCUCCUGCAAACUUUGCAGUGUACACAGCAUUGCUUGAACCACAUGAUCGAAUCAUGGGUCUGAGCCUCGCUGCUGGCGGGCACCUCACGCACGGACAUUACACAGCUCAGAGAAAGGUUUCGGCAACGUCCCAGUAUUUCGAGUCUAUGCCAUACACAGUUGAUCAACAGACAGGCCUUAUUGAUUUUGAGAACUUGCGAAGACAGGCGUUGCUGUUUCGACCGCGCCUGAUCAUUGCAGGGGCGUCUGCGUAUCCUAGGCAAAUCGAUUGGGGGUCCUUCCGUCGCAUAUGUGAUGAGGUAGGUGCGUAUCUUUUGGUUGAUAUGGCCCAUAUAAGCGGACUGGUUGCCUCGGCAGCACACCCGUCUCCGUUUCUGCAUGCCGAUGUGGUCACAACGACGACUCACAAAUCCUUGCGGGGACCUCGAGGUGGCAUGAUCUUCUCACGCAUCCAUUUAGCUAAGAAGAUCAACGAUGCGGUUUUUCCUGCACUGCAAGGAGGUCCCCAUAAUGCAACAAUCGGGGCUUUGGCAUUUCAGCUGAAGCAGGUGAAGACUCCUGAGUUCAAGAAGUAUUGUGAGGAUGUUGUAACGAACUGCAAAGCAUUGGCUGCGUACCUGGCCAGCCAUGGAUGCUCCUUAGUUACUGGAGGGACGGACAACCACCUUCUUCUUUGGGAUGUCAAGACUGACGGUCUAUCCGGCGCCAAGAUCGAGAAAGUUUGCGAGCUGGCUUCCAUCAUCGUGAACCGGAAUGCAAUUCCAACUGACACCUCUCCGGCUUCACCCGGGGGUGUACGCCUUGGUACAUGUGCAAUGACAACCCGGGGUGCGUGUGAAGCGGACUUUGAACGGAUUGGUGCCUUUCUGCUGCGCGUGCGUGACAUCGCGAAUGAUGUGCAAUCUCGGUCUGGAAAAAAGCUUGCAGAUUUCAGCAAGAGCUUACUAGAUCCCAAUCUGCCAGAAAGAGAUGCGAUUUCUGAGCUUCGGUCCGAAGUGGAAACGUGGGCUACAUCACUCAGCUUUCCAACGUGA